AUGGCUCCGAUGGCUUCGCACAAAAUCGCCACGACAGUCAAUGACUUUCUGGUUCUUCCACUCCGUGUCGCACCAUCACAAGCAUUUGCGAAAGAAACUACACAUCACCUCUAUCUCCGCGCAAAUACACCCAAAGUACCCACCGAGGACACACCCCGAGAGCUCUUCGCAGUCAAUGUCCCGGCAGAUGCAACAGAGAAGCAUUUCCGAAGUCUCUUCGCGAAUCAGCUCGGUGGUGUACGAGUAGAAAGCGUGGCAUUUGAGGGAGCACGGGUGGGCAAGGGAAUCAGUGCCCCGGUUGCGCCGGUUCAGCAGAGCAAAAAGAGAAAACGAACUGAAGAUGAUGAGGCUACGGCGGAGGAGGUGGGACGGCUACCCGAAGUAUGGGACAGAGAAUUACAUCGCAGUGGAGGAACAGCGAUUGUAACCUUUGUCGACCGAGCGAGUGCGGAGUUAGCGUUGAAGGUGGUCAAGCGGGCGGUGAAGAGCAAGACGACAAUCAACUGGGUCUCAGACAAAGGCGUUGCCGCUCCGCUCGGAUCUGCGCGCUAUCUCACACAUCAUGCACUGCGCUAUCCGGACCAUGCGCUCCUGCAGGCAAGUGUAGACGCUUUCAUGUCGGCAUUCACGGCACGGGAAGAGGCAAAGGCGGCAGCACUGGCGAAACUACGCUCCGAGCCCGACGAGGAUGGAUUCAUUACAGUGACGCGUGGUGGGCGGACGGGCGCAGGCAGAGAAGAGGACGCCAAGGCCAAGGAGGAGGAACUCAAGAAGCGGGAGAAGAAUCGGAUCAAGGAGGACUUCUAUCGCUUCCAGGUGCGCGAGAAGAAGAAGGAGCAGGCGCAGGAUCUGGUCAAGGGGUAUCAAGAGGACCAACGGAGGGUGGAGGAGAUGAAGCGGCGGAAGGGCAAAUUCCGUCCCGAGUGA